AUGUCUACUCAUCGACAUGAUGCAUCAUCAAUAUCGAAUGUAUCAUCUUCUUCUAUUGUACAAAUAGCCUUUGAUUUAAAUCCAAUUCCACACCAUUGUGGUUACUGUAACACAGAUGGAAGUUGUUCAGCAGGUUUGUAUCUAACCAGUUCAGUCAGUUUACGUAAAAUUCAUUCAUCAAAUUGUGGAUAUUGUCAGACUAAAAGUGGAAAAAUUUCUUUUGGUGUUGUUGCUUCAAAGAUGUUAGUUGAUGAUUAUUUACUAUUGAUGGAUCGUGGUUGGCGAAAAUGUGGUACCUAUUAUUAUAGAUCAUUGAUGGAUAAAACAUGUUGUCCACUUUAUACAAUACGUUGUGAUGCAAAUAAUUUUGAAUUAUCUCGUUCACAACGGCAAGUUAUUCGAAAUAUGAAUCGAUUUGUAAAUGAAGAUAUAGAACCUGGUCAACAUAUCAAAAUAUCGUCUGAACAUCAGGCUUCUGCUAGUUCAUCUUUGUCUACAACAAACAAAUCAAAAAGAACAAAAUCAACUAGUAUUCAAUCGAAAUCUACAACAAAUAAAUCGAACAAUGAAAUAAAUCUCAAUCAAUGGAUCAAAACACAACCAAAUACAACUGCUAUUCAAUUAAUUCGUCAUAUGCUAACAAAUGAUACACCGCCACCUGAUGAACUUCUUAAUCGAUUACGAUCUCGUCAAAAACGUUGGUAUAAAAAAUUACUUAAACUUAAAACACAAAAUAAACUUUCAUCCGAAACCGAUAUUCAUUUAUUAAUCAAACGAUUUGAUAGAAUGAAAACUAAUUCAAUUCGAUCACUUGAACAAAUGUUACAAUUUAAUGAAAAACCAAAAAAUAAAUUCGAAUUCCGUUUAGUUCGUUCAUAUCCACCAUGUGAAGAAUUUACACGUACAUUAAUAGAAUCUCAUUCAAUUUAUGAGCGUUAUCAAAUGAAAAUACAUGGAGAUGCAAAAUCAGAAUGUUCAUUUUCACAAUACAAACGUUUUCUUUGUCAAUCAUCUUUAGAAAAAGAUUGUUCUCGAAUACCAUCAUCAAACAUUCCUUCGUGUGGCUAUGGAUCUUUUCAUUUACAAUAUUAUCUUAAUGGUAAAAUAAUUGCAUGUAGUGUUAUUGAUAUACUUCCUGGAGGUGUUUCAUCGGUUUAUUUUUAUUAUGAUCCUAAGUUUGGUUUUCUUAAACUUGGAGUUUAUUCAGCAUUAAAAGAAAUUGAAUUGACACGACGAUUAGCACAUGAGAUACCUGAUAUAAAAUAUUAUUAUCUUGGUUUUUAUGUGCAUACAUGUGUAAAAAUGCGUUAUAAAGGUCAAUACAAACCAUCGUUUCUUCUAUGUCCUGAAACAUAUACGUGGCAUAGUAUUGAAAAAUGUAUACCAUUAUUAAAUGCUCAUAAAUAUGCUCGAUUUGAAUCAGAUCCAAUUAAAGUGGACGAAAAUGAAGAAACUAAUGUUGAACAACUUAAAUUAAGGGUUGGUCGUCAAGUCGUGACACCGUUAGAAUUUCAAGCAUAUAAUGAAAGAUAUUUUUUUCAUGUCUUAGAACUUUUAAAAACUUUCGCAAAAUUUGCUGGACGAAUAUGUGCCAACCAUUUUUCUUUUCUAAUGGAUGGUUCUGCAUUACUUUUACUUAAACAGUUACGUGAAUUUAAUCGUCAUCCCGUCGAAGGUAUUAGUGCUGGUCUAAUUGAUGAAUCGAAUCCAUAUGCAUGGAAUGUCAUCCUUGUUGGGCCAGCGGAUACGUUAUAUGAAGGUGGAUUCUUCAAAGCACGUUUGGACUUUCCCAAAGAAUACCCCAUAAAACCACCCAAAAUGAAAUUUAUUUCGGAAAUUUGGCAUCCAAAUAUUGAAAAAAAUGGUGAUGUGUGUAUAUCAAUUCUUCAUGAACCUGGUGCCGAUCAGUUUGGUUAUGAACGUGCAUCAGAACGUUGGUCACCUGUACAAUCAGUUGAAACAAUUUUGCUAUCUGUUCUUUCGAUGCUCAGCGAUCCAAACUGUGAUUCAGCAGCCAAUAUUGAUGCAUCGAUUAUGUGGCGAGAUGAUCGAGCAGCCUUUAAGAAAAAAGUUAGCGAAUGUGUACGAAAAACACUAGAAGAAAUGUGA